AUGGGAGGGGUGGGCAAAACCACCUUAGUAAAAAAGGUGGUUGGUGAAGCCAAAGGAUUUGAUCGAGUUAUAACGGUCACUGUGUCCGAAACUGUAAAUAUUGAAAAAUUACAAAACAAAAUUGCAGAUGACAUAGACUUGAAUUUUGAGAAGAACACUGAAGGCGGCAAAGCAACAGAGUUAUGGAGUAGAUUGAGAAAUGGAAAGUUUCUCGUAAUCCUCGAUGAUCUAUGGAACGAGUGGGAUGAUGAUGGGGAUUUGAGAAAGAUAGGUAUUCCAUUGGUUAAAGAUGAAAAGGGUUGCAAAAUCAUCUUGACAACACGCAACUGUAAUGUUUGCCAACAUAUGGAAUGUGAGGAGACAGUUCAAGUGAAGGUUUUGGAAGAUGAUGAAGCAUGGGCUUUGUUCGAAAUGAAUGCAGGUCUCAAGAACGCUGAUUCGCGUGUUAUUGGGGAGGCUAAGAAAAUUGCAAAAGAAUGCAAGGGCUUACCUUUAGCCAUUGUAACACUAGCAAAGGCUUUAAAAGGUAAAGCUCUUGAGAGGUGGAAAGAUGCACGAAAAAAACUUGAAAGAAGUGGAUUAAUGGAGAUUCCAAGCAUUCAAACAGAGAGAGAGAAAAAUGCCUACAUUUCUCUUCAGAUCAGUUAUGAGCAUUUGAAGGACAAGAUGCCCCAAACAUGUUUCUUACUGUACGUUAAGUUACAUGACAUAGUUCGUGAUGUUGCUCUAUGGAUUGCAUCAGAAGAAAAAAGUGGUUUUAUGAUCAAAUCUAGAUUGGAGUUGCUAAAUAGAAGCUCUGAAUCUUGUAAAGCAAUCUCAUUGUUGGACAGUGAAAAGAAAAAUUUUCCUAAUAGCUUGAUUCUUUCGAAGCUUGAGAUCCUAUUGCUUAAGAAUUGUAAUGUACAAGGUACAUGUUUUCUAGAAAUGGGGGAACUAAAAGUUUUAAGUCUUACAGUUGUAGAUGGUUCUACGGGGGUUAUUUCUUUAUAUGCUCUUUCGUCCCUACAAAAUCUUCGUGCUCUACAUUUGGAGAAUUUUGAUGACUUUUCGUUCCUUGGAAACUCAAGGAAACUUGAGAUUCUAAGUUUGCGUCGUUCAAAUGUAAAUGGUUUGGCAGAUGAAUUAGAGAGGUUGAAAGAUCUAAAGAUGUUGGAUCUUACCGAUUGUUCAUUUUCCUCAAGCUUUUUCCCUAAUGUCAUUCGAAGGUUAUCUCAGCUAGAGGAGUUGUACCUAUCAAUCAUGACAAAUGAUAUCUGUCUCGCGAUAAAAUCUUUGACCAGAUUAACGAGACUAAAUCUUUGGGUAACUUCUCUUCAUUUUCCUCCAGACUUUGAGUUUCCUAAAUUAGAAAAUUACAAGAUACGCAUAAACCAUAGCAGCAGCGGGCUUGAUAAUCGUUUUGAGGAAGCAAGAUCCUUGAAAGUUGAGAAAGUGUUUCCUUACAAUGCAGAUUCCCAAUUACUUGGGAAAUUAGAGUCUGUUGUAGUGUCAGGUAUCAAGGAUGAGUAUGUAGAAUGCUUGACUAAUAAAACACAACAAAAGGUGUCGGUAUCAAUGAUCUAA